AGGUUUUUUAAAUGAGAAUUGACUCGUGUUCACUGACAAACCACGAUUAAUAAGUAUGACGACGGAAGGCAAAAAGAAACCUUUACAUCAGCACCAAGGAUUUCUUCAGCAGGUCCUUUGUGCAUCCGUCGGAUCUGUAUUUGGAACAGUCGUGGGAACGGGACUAGGAUUUUCGGCGGUAGGCUUGACUUCCUUCGAGCAGGAUGAAAACGCGCCCUUCGUCAUGGCCAACGCCGAGAAAUCUGUAUUCAACAGCCUUUUAAUACUCUCUAUGAUGGUCGGAUCCAUUGCUGGCCACUAUAUGUCGUCGAUGGCUGGUCCUCGGAUGAACAUCACCUUGCUGCUCAUGCCUAUGAUAGCGAGCUGGGUUUUACUUGCCUUCAGUAAGAGCCUGACACUGUUCUUCGUUUCCCGCGCUAUUCUCGGCAUCUGUGGAGGCGUUGCAAUGCCGAUCGGCCAAAUAUACUUGUCGGAGAUCGCUUCACCGGAAACGCGCGGGUUCAUUUCAUCGACUUCGAUGCUGAGUCAAUAUAUGACAAUGCUCACUGUCAGCGUGGCGGCAAUCUUCCUGCCAUGGCGCGAUUUGGCCCUCUUGAGUGCGGCUCUGAUGUUAGCGCUUCUCCUGGUUUCUUUCGCAAUUCCGGAAUCACCCACGUGGUUGCUCCGUAGGGAUGCGAAGGAGGAAGCAAUAAAAGCUUUGCAGUUUGUUCGGGGGGAAGAGAACGUGAAACCAGAACUCGGAGACCUUCAAAAGCUCAUAAAGGACUCGAAACUGCACUCAUCCGGACGAUUUUUGGAUAUUCUCCGGGGAAAUUCCCUGAAGCCCAUGGCCGUGUUGAUUUCCUUCACUAUAUUGAGACAGUUCACCGGCGCUUUUGCAGUCGCUUCUUAUACUGCCGAAAUCUUUGAGACGGCAGGAAGCGGUCUCAGCGGAAUUACGUGCACAGUGAUCAUCAACUUGAUUCAGCUGUGCUUCAACUUCCUGUCGAACGGAUUGACCGAUCGCCUGGGCCGAAAGAAACUUUACGUGACGUCUGCUUCUCUGAUGUGCAUUGCAAAUUUGUCAUUUGGCACAUACUUCCAUUUUCUUCAAAAGAAUCCGACUGCAAUGAAGUCAUUCAAUUGGGUUCCACUCGUCUGCCUAAUCAUAUACAGUAUCGGGUUUUCCGUUGGAUUUGCUUCUUCUCUGUACACGCUCAUGACGGAACUGAUUCCGAUGCGCAUUCGUGGAUCGGCUUCUGCAACGAUAUCUGUUCUCAACCACUUCUUCUGCUACAUCAUCAUCCAGACCUUCUACAACAUGGAAUUGGAGAUGACCGAAGCUGGGACUUUCUGGUUUUACGGUGUGAUUUGCAUAGCUGCUGCUGUUUUCUGCAAAGUGAUCUUGCCGGAGACGAACGGGAAAACUUUGGCCGAACUGGAAACCAUGCUUGACAAAAAAAAGGCAUCAAAACUUAAUGCUGCGGACGACGAUUCGAAGACAUCCGAAACGAACGUAGACGAGGACAUUGAAAAUGCUACGGACCUGGCCAUCAAAAAUACAACUGAGGUGAAAAUACGAAAUCUUGACGAAGUCGGACUUGAAGGUUUGGAGGACGGAGACGGAGCACAUGAAGACGACGGGAUGAAGAAAAUCUGAAGUCUGCUCCGUUUGAAGAGAGUGGCAGUUUUCAUGACUGAAUAAAUAUCUGAAUUUCUUUCGUUUUUUAUUAUUUUUUAUUUCAGUUGAAAGAAAAAAAUAAAUGCGUGAAAACGUU